CAUUUCUUCAGUCUGUUAACGGCACGCCAACGAUGCAGACGCGGCUAAAAACCAGCUCCGGCUAACUGUUAAUACAAGCUAUACUCUAUAUUAGCAACUUGAUCUGUAAGUGUAACACUCAUACGUAUCGAGUAUACGCACAGUGGUACCAGCGACAUUUUCAUUUUUGUCUUUUGCCGAAAGUGCGUGAGCUUCCUUCCGUUUCAAGUGGAUUAAAGUCAAAGUGAAAAUUAAAUUUAAAUUUAAAAAAUCCAAAAAAAAAAUAAAAUAAAAAUAUAAGUAAAUCGCCUGAAUUGCUGCUAAUUUGGCGAGUUGGGCAAAUUAGGAUCUUAAUUGAAUUAAGCCAAGUGAAAGAGAAACAUCAGCCGCUGUCCAGGAAGGCGACGAAGAGGCAGCCGGGGAGAGCGUAACACUUACAUACCAGUACCUCGACGAUCUUCGGCCAAGUUAGUUAGCUGUCGACUGCUGCCGCUGUUUAUGGCACUUUAGCUAUGAAGCAAGGCAUGCAACUAACCGCCGCCUGGCUGUGCUUAUUAGCCACGGCUAGUCUGGCCCAAAACCAGGAAUCAACCUCCAAAUGGUCACGGCAAUUGGAGAAUGUGGCCACAUCCGAUACUGACUCGCUAGACUGGGUACCCUUGGCACAACCUCUGGAUGGCAGCAAGGAUCGUACGGGAAAUGGACGUGUUUUAACGUACUCGCAGACCUUCCCACCCAGCGCCCGCUUUGGUGAUCUGACUAAGACGGGAUCACAGUUCGAGUAUCCCUUCCAGUUCCAGCGCUAUCCCAAUGGAGCGGGUCAGGCGCUGCCUCUUCGCCAAGCACCACCGCCACCUCCUUCCACGCUGAAGGCCUCUGGAGUGGGUCAGGAGCCCACUUCGCAGUCCUUCUUCAAGUUCGAAAUGCCGUUCCACAGUAAUAGUGAAGGGCAAGCUCAGGCACCACCCACCCUUCAAACGGGGUACCAAAUUCAACAUACUUUUGGAGCAGGAGCUGCUGGAUUCCCAGCUCCCUCAUCGCUUUUCAGUCCUCCAUCUCUCUUCGGACAACAGCAAGGACAAACUUUUGGCUCUGACUACCAUUCUUUGGGAUCCCAGAAGCCCUUGGCUCAGGCCUUGAAUAAGCCACUCCAUCAACAGAAUUACGUCCAGGACAUUCUGCCCCCAAAGACCCUAGGAAAGCCCCUGCCCACACAGGCUUCACUGCAGAGUGUGACUCCACAAGUUUUUCCCGUGGAUCCUGAACCAGAUACUCUUUUCGGAUCGAACAAGGUAGCCCCAUCGUCUGCUCCAUCUUCCUCCCGGGAUCAGGAAGUCCAGUUGCUAUAUGUUCCCUACGACACCCUGUACAACCAGCAGCGUCAGCAACCAGGAUCAGGAUCAAACUCCAACUUCGAGGUGAACAAGUUCAAUGUGAAUCCAGGACUGCCUGCUGUGAAUCCCUAUCAAAUAAACCAGUUCUACACCCAGGAUCCCAGCGUAGGUAGUGAUUUCUUCAGCUCAGGAACUACUGCAAGACCCACUACCACCACCAGUCAGCCUCAGAGCAUCUUCCAGAGCUUUGGACAACCACAGCCUCAAUUUACCACAGCUAAACCCAAGCCAAAGGCCCAUCAGCCACCACUGGCCAUGUUCCUGCUGCGAUCCAGUUCUCGUCCCUCCCAAACCGAUGUGGUUACUGCCCUGAGGAAUGCCCAUAGUAUCUCUGUAAUUGAUUCACCCACUAAGCAGACUCCAGAGAUCUUCGUCGGACCAGCUGGCAUGCCCAUUCCCGAUGGAUAUGUGAAGUUCGAUCUACCUUACCUCUCGCAACUGACCUCCAAUCGCGAUCUGAAUGACGUCUCCUUCUUCGUGGCACCUCUGAGUUACCGCACGCCCAACGGUUUCAAUAAGAUUCUGCUUCCCGAACCCCAUGUCGGUUCCAUUGUGAUUAACAGGGCUAAGGAUAUCGGCUCUAGCCAGCAAUUAUCACCUGCUGUGCGACCCCAGCGUCCUUAUGCUACAGUCAGUAGUACCCGUAAUCCCUUUGAGAGCACCACCCAAUCACAGAUCCAGGCUCAGGGUCAGGUGCCCGAGCGGGGUAACAAAUUCAGCUACUACUAUGUGCAGGAUGGCAUCCAGGAGGUGAGCUCGCCCAAGAUUCCAGCCAAGCAGGAAAGGCACAAGAAGAAGCGACCACAGAAUGUCCAAGUGCAGCAGCAGCCCAGCUAUCGUCCAUCGCCAACCAAAGCUCAAAGUCAAAAUCCCUUUGAUACCCUCAACCAGAUUGGAGGAGAUGACUUCUUUAAGACUCUGGGAAGCAAACCAACCACCAGCUCUACUUCAAGCACCUCUACAACGACCACGACAUCCACCACUUCUACUACGGCUGCUCCACAAUCUCUAUUUACCUAUAGCACCCGACCACAGAUUGAAUUCCCAGGCUCCAGUGGUCAAUUAUAUCCUCAGUAUGUGCAGGAACCUGUACAGGAGCAACUUCCGCGAUUGACCACCCGACCUCCAACCGCCUCAACUGCUGAGGAGGAGCACCGCAUGAAGCAAUACUUCCGCCAGCAGGAUGCCUUCCGCCAGCGUCCUCAUACCACAAGCCCUCCAUUUGAAUAUACCCAAAGCUCCGCAGAUUACGAGGCUCCUCUGCCCACAACUACUACCACUCAGAGGAUCAAGACCAAGCAUAGGGUUAACCUGUAUACUCCCGCUGCCGUACCGGUGACCACCUCGGAUGUGGGCUAUAACAAUGUAGAGCAGCAGGGUCCAUUGAACCAUCGUCCUAUCUAUAAUCAAGUUCAAAACGAGAUUCUGGAUAACAGCAAUGUUGAGUACGAACCAAAUCCCUAUCAUGUGCCCUCGGAACUUCCGCCUCUGACUCCUGAUAUUCCCGGACUGGUUAACAAUCUGCAAGAGAAGGACAAGCUGCAGCCACCAAUCCCAACCACUCCUUUGGCCGAAGCUGAACCUGAAACGAGGCCCACCAGGAGACCUGUGCUGCGCACUCGCAAGCCUGCAGUUACCAAGGUUACCACCUCUGUUUCCUACUCGGAGUCCGAGUCGAAUGGCAAACUCCCGGUUCACCGAAUUAGGAGGCCAUACAGCAGCCGAGGAACCACAGCACCAGAUGUAUCUGGCAACGGAGAUGGUGGAGAGGAAUCCGCAGUGACCCCCACUCGCCGUCCCACCAGUGCCAGGAACCCACUCAUCCGUAACCCCAAUCGCAUCCGUUAUAGGCCCACAACCGAAGAACGCCAGACCCUGAAGACGAAGCCCAGGAAGGGUUCGAAGAACGGCAAGCCAAGUGAAGAUCAGGACAUUGACUACCAGCGCGAUGUGCUGAAACAGAACUAUCCGGUGUUCAAGGCUCCGUCCAGGCGACCCACUAGCCCCACUGCCAUCCCCAGCUCCUACGAUGUUCAGGGCACUACCGAAGGACCCGCCUCGGAGUCCCAGCAGGUUUACACGGUGACACCUAGCAACAGUAUUGAUGGUGGCAAUGAGCAAAGCGUUUUCCCUGCCAAUCUUCUGGAACCCAUGCAGAUUGCCCAGCACUAUCAAGAGUUUUCGAAAGACAACUACGGUCCAGGAUACUUCCCCAACCAGGAGGAUCUUAGUCCAACGGAAGCCAUCGUGCGGAACGAAGUGAGCCCGAUCUAUACCACGUUGGCCACCACAACACCAUCCACCACCACGACCACGACAACUACAACUACUGAGGCUCCGUUGACCACCACAACGACUACACGUCGCUCGCCUUUCGUGAGGAGAAACUAUCCGAGAUUGCGGACAACCACAACGACAGAGGCACCAGUGACUUCCACCACUCCCUCGGAAGAGAGGCCAUCGAUCCGCUCUCGUCUGCCACCCCGUCGAGUGGUGAAGGUACGUCAGCGUCAACGUCGCCCCACGCAUCCUGCCUCAUCUUCAACAGUGGCGCCUGAGGAGGAAUCCGAACCCAUCACCCAGAAGCCAAACCUGCGUAAACUGAGUCGCUUCAAUAACCAAGAGCCAAAGGAAAAAGAAGCCGCAGUGUCGUCUUUCACCCAGCGCCGUCGUUACAAGCAACCCUUCCAGUUGGAGGGCCAGGAAUCCCAGUGGUCGCCAUCAUCGGAAACAGCCAACAGCAACACCAACUCAAACAGUUUCAAGCCACUCAGUCCCAAGUUCAAAACAGAGACACAUAACUUCGAGAGUGAGCCGGAGAUUGUGACCGCUGGACCAACCAAUGAACCCGAGACCUACGAGAUCAAUGUCGCCGCCGAUCUUGGAGGUUCAGCAGUUCAGCGUACCACUAUCAUGGCACCCAAUCUGAAGCCAGAGAAAUCCUUUGCCGAGUUGUUGGAAGAAGUUAUGGGCAAGGCGCCUGGAGAGUCAACCACUGAAACAACCAGCACUACCUUUAGUCGCCUGAGCAGACGUGGCAAGUGGCAAAAGAAGAACCGUUUGUCUGGUAGCUCGGAUAACUCCGAGAACUUCGAGACGGCCGAAUCCCAAAAUCUGGGACCUCAGCUCUACAACGCACUUCAAGCAGUUAGCGAAAAAGAGGAGCUGGCCAAGACCACCACUCCACUAACUCCGUCCACAGAGGCCCAAACAGAAACAUUAGCUUUGACCACCACUGUGGCUUCCCCAACAACGCCUGAAGAGUACGAGGUCACCACCGCCCAUGAUGUGGAUGAGGCCACUAUAACCUCCACUAUUCCUGUAAGCGAAGAGAGCGCGACGCGCCGCAUGGACACGGCAGCGGAUGUGGACGAUUUGGAAGUCCAGCCCAGCAUCUUCUCCGAGGUGAAGAAGCAACUUCACGAUCUUUUUGCCAUCGAGGAAAGCGAAGACGAUGCUGUCACCGCUGCUCUGGAAGCCGUGGGAAAGCGUCGCCAGGAGUACACAAGCAUCCGGCGCACCAGUCCUGCCACGCCCUCGGAAAAAACAACUUUACCGCCAGCGGAUGAGGCCACCACCACGGAAGCCACCAUUGCGGAGAGCAAAAAGGACAGCUUCCACAAGGAUCUGAUGGAGCAUGUGGUAUACGCUACUUCUACAUCGACCAAAGUCACCUCCGAAACGGAAAUCUGUUAUCGCGGACGCUGCAUCCGGUCCGAAGAUCUGCCUGCCAACCACAAACUGCACUGAGCACAAACCUCCGGCAGCGGAAGGCGAAGAGAUUCAUCAUGUACAUAGGGGCAGAGGGGAUACGGAUGGGGUCCAAGGGUCGAAGCUUUUCCAGCUUCGUUUGCCCAAAAUACAAAACCGUAUCCACUUGUAAUUACCUAGCUUUAACUACAAAUAUAUUAAGGAUAAGCAAUUGGAAGGAUAAAUGCAAGAUCGAAGGGUCUUAAAGUUCUUAGAUAUGACGAAGUAAUUCCAGGAAUUUUUAAGGGAGACUUUCAAAUAAGAUAAGAAAUAAUCUAUAAAUGUUACUCCGUAAGAAAUGUCUUAUAAGAAUUUUUCCCCGCAUUGACCUGCCUUUCAUACACCCUUGAUAUUUCCAUUUAGAUCAAUUAGUUGAUAGAUUUUAGAGUUAGCAUUACGACAGAAUACCACAUAGCCAGCAUAUAAGUCCUGUACCAUAUGUACAUCGUUGUGUACUAACAAUGCGAAUGCAAAUACAAAUACCAAUAAAAACGAAACGAAAAAUUUA